AUGGACGACGGACUCGUGCUGAACUUGGACUUUGAUGCUGGCGGGAGCUCAAGGAAAGGCAGUGCCAAGAAGGGCGGCAGCUGGACUCAGAGGGUAAAAGCGAAGCGCGUCGAAAAGCGCAAAUACCGCCACGAUGCGCCCUCAACAUCUACUUCUGCGGCGUCUACAGGCCACGACCGAGAAGCCGAAGCCCGUCCGAAGAAACGGCCGCGUACGGAUGGUUCUGCUCAACCUACCGCGUCUGCUUCUGCUCCGGCGGCUUCUACAUCCCGCACCGCCCCAAAACAGAUAAUCUCAUCCCUCUUCUCAUACAACCCGAGGAUUGAGAAAGAAGAGUCUGUGCCUGAGCCGAUAAAGGCAUCCAAGCCGAGUAAUGCUCCGAGGACGGAUUCUUCCAGCUUUGCUGGUCUUGGACUCGAUCCUCUGCUGGCUUCGCACCUGUCAUCCAAAUUGGGCAUCGAGAAACCUACGUCUAUCCAAUGCGCAACCAUACCCGCUUUACUUGCACCCCCAGAUGCGGACAAUGCAUCUCUCCGUGAUGCGUUCAUCCAAUCGCAAACCGGUUCAGGAAAGACGCUGUCCUAUCUACUCCCUAUCAUCAACGACCUCCUCCCCCUGAGUGAACACUCGUACAUCGACCGAUCAAUUGGGACGCUCGCGAUUAUCAUCGCGCCUACACGAGAGCUGGCGAAGCAGAUCUCCGACGUUGUCGAGGAGUUGCUCAAACUACGCUUACGGCCGAAGGACGAGUUGCCGGACGAUGAGUCGGGCUCAAGCCGCAUGAUGACCCGCUGGCUCGUGUCCGGGGUAUUGACCGGUGGCGCGACGCGGGCUCACGAAAAGGCGCGCUUGCGUAAAGGCGUACCGAUCCUCGUCUCGACACCCGGUCGCCUCCUCGAUCAUCUACAAAACACGUCGUCAUUCAACGUGGGCAAAUGUCGCUGGCUCGUCCUCGACGAGGCGGACAGGCUCAUGGAGCUCGGAUUUGAGGAGACGAUCAAGGGCAUCCUAUCGGGCCUAGAUGGCCGACGGAAGUUGGCGAAGCAGGCUGUGGAUGAGGGAAAGAGUCUCGAGGUCGGAGGAUGGGAUUGGGAGCGGAGGAGGCGGACGUUACUGUGUUCCGCAACGAUGCGCGAGGAUGUUCAGAUCCUUGCUGGCCACACGUUGCAGGCGCCGUUGAUGAUACGCGGCACAGAAGCGGAUGUACCACAAUCCGUAGGCGCCAACGCCACCGACGCAGUCAAAGCUGCCGCACAGGCCUCCGGGGAUAAGUUCACCCCGCCUUCUCAGCUCUCGCAGAAAUACGUCGUCGUACCUCUCAAGCUUCGACUCGUCACCCUCGUUGCGCUGUUGCGUACGCUGCUGGCUCAGGCACAGAGCAAACGCGGUUCGAAGAUCAUCGUCUUCUUGAGUUGUACGGACUCAGUCGACUUUCACUGGCGUUUGCUUGCAAGUGCUGUCAUGGAUAGCAACAGUGACGAUGAGGUCUCAGACUCUGAUGCUGAGGCUUCGGACAAGGACGAGGAGAGCACGAAGAAGGGCGAAAAGGUCGCGGUGACCUCCGAUCUAUUGCCAGACGCCUCAAUAUUCCGACUGCACGGUUCCCUGCCGCUGGCGACCCGCCUUGCCUCUCUACGUGCCUUCUCUGCAGCGCCCAAGGACGGCUCCCCAUCAUCUUCCAUUCUUCUCUGUACAUCAGUCGCCUCACGCGGUCUUGAUCUGCCCCUUGUUCGCGCCGUCGUCCAAUACGAUCUUCCGACGGAAGGCGGAGCGACGGAGUACGUCCAUCGUGUGGGUCGUACGGCGCGUGCUGGCAAAGGCGGAGAGGCGUGGGCCAUCGUCGCGCCAAGCGAGAAUGCGUGGGUCCCAUGGGUGGAGGAGCGCAUGGCGAAGGACGGCAGCAUCCGUCUUUCAAGCGCGUCGGCGGAGAACUUGCUUCAGAGUGGUUUUGGAGGCAAAGGAAAGGAGUACGAGAUGCGUGCUACCGAAGUGCAACUCACGUUUGAGCGCUGGGCUCUACGACAAGAGAAUGCGGCGCUCGCUCGUCAGGCUUUCGCAUCGCAUAUGCGCGCUUACGCGACGCAUCCCUCGGACGAGAAGCACAUCUUCCAUAUCCGCCACCUGCAUCUGGGACAUCUCGCAAAGGCAUUUGCGCUCCGCGAGGCGCCCAGUAAUCUCAAGUCCGCAAAUGCGAAGGCCAAGUCUAGCGCGAAUCACAAGGCUACAAGGCCGAAAGGCAAGGCGUACGUGGCUAAGGGCGACGGUUCAGAUGAUGAUCCGGAGGCGGAGAAGAGGAUGCGCAAUGCCGUGCGCGCGCAGGGUCGUUUGACGAAGAAGGGCGGUGUGCUCAUGGACUCUGGUGCGGGCGAGUUCCAGGUUGCGUCCACCGACGCGCUCGAGAAGUUGGUGAAUGCGGCAUUCUGA